AUGGCUGACUCUCAAGAAUCUUUAAAGGUUUUAGAAGAACUUUUCAAGUCCUUAUCUGUCGCUGAUGCUGAUUCCAGACAAUCUGUUGCCGUUGAGAUGGCUUCUUUCUUAAACGGUUCUAUCAUUGAACAUGAUAUCCCAGAAAAGUUCUUUGCUGAAUUAAAGGCUGCCGCUAAGGAUAAGAAGACUUGUCCAAAUGUCUUAGUUGCUAUCACCCACAUCGCCAAUGAAAACAACUUAUCUCCAUCUGUUGAACCAUUCAUUGUCGAUUUAGUCCCAGGUAUCUGUGAAAAGGCUGGUGACAAGGACAAAGAAACUCAAACCUUAGCUGCUGAGUGUUUGAUUGCUACUGUCAAGGCUAUCAACCCAGUCGCUAUCAAGGCUAUCUUGCCACACUUAACUGAUAGAUUGGAAAAGACCAACAAAUGGCAAGAAAAGGUUGCUAUCUUAGCUGCUAUCUCCGCUUUAGUUGAUGUUGCUAAGGAUCAAGUCGCUUUAAGAAUGCCUGAAUUAAUUCCAGUUCUUUCUGAAGCUAUGUGGGAUACCAAGAAGGAAGUCAAGGCUGCUGCUACCGCUACCAUGACUAAGGCUACUGAAACCGUCGACAAUAAGGAUAUCGAAAGAUUCAUCCCAGAAUUGAUUGGUUGUAUUGCUGAUCCAAAGAUGGUUCCAGAAACUGUGCACUUACUAGGUGCUACUACUUUCGUUGCCGAAGUUACCCCAGCUACUCUUUCCAUCAUGGUCCCAUUAUUAUCUAGAGGUUUGAACGAAAGAGAAACCGCUAUCAAGCGUAAGUCUGCUGUUAUUAUCGACAACAUGUGUAAGUUAGUCGAAGACCCACAAGUCGUCGCUCCUUUCUUAGGUAAAUUAUUACCAGGUUUAAAGAAUAACUUCUCUACUAUUGCUGAUCCAGAAGCUAGAGAAGUCACUUUAAGAGGUUUGAAAACUUUGAGAAGAGUUGGUAACGUUGGUGAAAACGAUGAAUUACCAGAAAUCUCUCACGCUGGUGACGUUGAAACCACUUACGCUUUAUUAAAGGAUUUGUUAAAGGACGAAAAGGUUGCUCCAAGAUUCGACAUCUACGUCAAGUACAUUGCUGCUAUGGCUGCUGACUUAAUUGACGAAAGAGUCAUUGACCAAUCUACUUGGUUCACUCAAAUUACCAACUACAUGACUGUUUUCUUACACGAAAGAAAGGCUAAGGAAAUCUUAGAUGAAUACAGAAAGAGAGCUGUUGACAACAUUCCAGUUGGUCCAUCCUUUGAUGAUGAAGAAGAUGAAGGUGAAGAUUUAUGUAAUUGUGAAUUCUCUUUAGCUUAUGGUGCCAAGAUCUUGUUGAACAAGACUCAAUUGAGAUUAAAGAGAGGUAGAAGAUACGGUUUAUGUGGUCCAAACGGUGCUGGUAAGUCUACUUUAAUGAGAGCCAUUGCCAACGGUCAAGUUGAUGGUUUCCCAUCUCAAGAGGAAUGUAGAACUGUCUACGUCGAACACGAUAUCGAUGGUACCAAGGCUGACACCCCAGUCGUUGAUUUCGUUUACGAAGGUGAUGUCGGUACUAAGGAAGCUAUUACUGCUAAGUUAAAGGAAUUCGGUUUCUCCGAUGAAAUGAUCCAAAUGCCAAUUCAAUCCUUAUCUGGUGGUUGGAAGAUGAAAUUAGCUUUAGCUAGAGCUGUCUUAAAGAACGCUGAUAUCUUAUUAUUAGAUGAACCAACCAACCAUUUGGAUACUGUUAAUGUUGCUUGGUUAGUUGACUACUUAAACAACUGUGGUAUCACUUCUAUCACUGUUUCUCACGACUCUGGUUUCUUAGACAAGGUCUGUCAAUACAUUAUCCACUACGAAGGUUUGAAAUUAAGAAAAUACAAGGGUAACUUAUCUGAAUUAGUCAAGAGAGUUCCAUCUGCUAAGUCCUACUACGAAUUAGGUGCUUCUGACUUAGAAUUCAAAUUCCCAGAACCAGGUUACUUGGAAGGUGUUAAGACCAAGCAAAAGGCUAUUGUUAAGGUUACCAACAUGAUGUUCCAAUACCCAGGUACUUCUAAACCACAAAUUUCUGACAUUAACUUCCAAUGUUCCUUAUCUUCAAGAAUUGCUGUUAUUGGUCCAAACGGUGCUGGUAAGUCCACUUUGAUUAACGUCUUAACUGGUGAAUUAUUGCCAACUGCUGGUGAAGUUUACACUCACGAAAACUGUAGAAUUGCUUACAUUAAGCAACACGCUUUCGCCCACAUUGAAGCUCACUUAGACAAGACCCCAUCCGAAUAUAUCCAAUGGAGAUUCCAAACUGGUGAAGAUAGAGAAACCAUGGACAGAGCUAACAGACAAAUCAACGAAAACGAUGCUGAAGCUAUGAACAAGAUCUUCAAGAUUGAAGGUACUCCAAGAAGAAUUGCUGGUAUCCAUGCUAGACGUAAGUUCAAGAACACCUACGAAUACGAAUGUUCUUUCUUAUUAGGUGAAAACAUUGGUAUGAAGUCUGAAAGAUGGGUUCCAAUGAUGUCUGUUGACAACGCUUGGUUACCAAGAGGUGAAUUAAUUGAAUCUCACUCCAAGAUGGUUGCUGAAGUUGAUAUGAAGGAAGCUUUAGCUUCUGGUCAAUUCAGACCAUUAACCAGAAAGGAAAUUGAAGAACACUGUGCCAUGUUAGGUUUAGAUGCUGAAUUAGUUUCCCACUCUAGAAUUAGAGGUUUAUCUGGUGGUCAAAAAGUUAAGUUAGUCUUAGCUGCUUGUACAUGGCAAAGACCACACUUAAUCGUCUUAGAUGAACCAACCAACUAUUUGGACAGAGACUCUUUAGGUGCUUUAUCUAAGGCUUUGAAGGCUUUCGAAGGUGGUGUUAUUAUUAUCACUCACUCUGCUGAAUUCACCAAGGACUUAACUGAUGAAGUUUGGGCUGUUAAGGACGGUAAGAUGACUCCAUCUGGUCACAACUGGGUCACUGGUCAAGGUUCUGGUCCAAGAAUCGAAAAGAAGGAAGACGAUGAAGAAAAAUUCGAUGCUAUGGGUAACAAGAUCUCUGGUGGUAAGAAGAAGAAGAAGUUGACCUCUUCUGAAUUAAGAAAGAAGAAGAAGGAAAGAAUGAGAAAGAAGAAGGAAUUAGGUGAUGCUUACAUUUCUUCCGACGAAGAUGAUUUUUAA